CAAUAAACCACCCAAGAUGAAAUAGAAGCAAAAGCUGUAUUGCAACGCGUCUGUGCAAACAGCUUCAUGAAGAGGGUCUUUUUGCAAAUUCUUAACGAAACACCUUCAACCCGGAUUUUCUUUUCCAUUUUUCAAGGGUCAAUGUCCGACACACAUUUGAACCACUGCCGUCAUCCUGGAAGGCCAGACUCACCCUGGUCCGACAUGUUGCGCUAGGGGCUAGGGCUAAGCCACGUCUGCAACCGACGACUUGCAUCGUCGCUUCAGCCCAGGCUCCUAAUGGGAGCGAAGGUGGCGUCUCCCGUCCAGCUGCGAGAGUCGUCGGGGAUCCCAUUCGCUCUACUAGUCCACAGCAGCCUGCCAAGCCCGCCAUCUUGCGCCUUCGUUGGCGGGGGAGUCAUGAUGUGGCCGCCCACCGCCUGCCAGCUGGGCUCUCGUCGGGUUUGGGCCGAACCACUACUCUUAGAGGCUCGAGCAUUCGUCCUCUUUCUGGCAUGUGCGACUGGGAAAUGCCGUCCGAUUCUUUGUUGUAUCGUUUUGUUUUGGGUUGUCGCCUGCCUAGAAACUUGCCGUCUUUUUCCAUCGUGGUGAAUACUUCAAAGUGAUUCUCAUGUCUCCUAGGUGAUCGGGAGCCCUUUCCAAACAUUCGAAAUGCUUGCCCCAGCCGCGCUGCCAGCCGGGAUCACGCCGGCGCCGACCUUGGCCUCGGCCGCCACACACGGGUUGAUGCGGAGGCAAACAACACACGGCUGCCUGAAUAUCGGACCGUUCAACUGCGAUGGCGGGAUCGGGGCAUGCAUACAAAGCGUGGGCUUUAGGGACAACUCCACCAGAGCUGCAACGUCGUGCUAUUGCGAUCACGGCCCCGAUUAUCUCCAGUGUUUCCACUCUGCCUUGACGUCAAAAUGCCCGAGCUAUGGCAACGAUGAUUUUGCGUUUUACCAGAUAUCGUGGUUCUCGUCCAUGUGCGGGAGCGUCCCUGCAACGGCUAUGGCCCAGAUUAAGCCCCCUUCGACCGUGGUGUUAUCCUUGAGCACCGUUGAAAGCGUCCGGCUUUCGAGCCGCUCGACGCCGCCCCCGCGGACGAGCACACCGCAAUUCACGAGCACCGGCAAGCUCCUCAGCGGCGGCUGCGACACCGCCUCGUACACUCUCAUCGACUCCGGGAGCACCGUUUACUGGGCCGGCUUCGUCGGCUGUAUCAACGACAGGCCCGAGUGCUGCCCCUGGACCAUCGCAAACACCAUCGCCACCGACGCCCCGCCCGUUACCCAGGACGGCGGCGUCAACACCCAGCGGGACAAUGGCGGCGGUCCCUACCCCUCACCCAAAGACGGCGUCCAGCUCGCGCUUCCCCACUGCGCCGAUGAUUACUAUUCCAUCUCUGGGUCCUGCUGCCCCAACGGCUUUUUCCCUUUCACGCGCGCGGUAGCUGGCCAGACACCCUGCUGGUCCUCGAUGAACCGCAUAACCGCGGCGCCAACUCUGACGGCAAACGUCGUAGGGCAGCCUAUCGAUACGGACAAGCCAACAUCCGCGGUUUUGAACAUCGUGCUGGCCAUACAAUAUGCCGUCGUACCCCAGGAAACCAACUCGGGACUGGGCUUGCCCGUGGGGGCCAUAGUUGGCAUCAGCCUCGGGGGCGCGGCCAUCAUCUUGGCGCUCGUACUGGCCUGGUUUUGCAUCCGGCGCAAACGCAGAGCUACCCGCGGGGCGGAGAGCGGACAGGGGGACGGAGGACCCGCGGUUCAAAUGCCCGAGGAGACGGCGGCGGUCCCUGUCAUGAUGCAGACAAAAAGCGCACAAGGAACUCCCGCUGCGGCCAUGGUGCUCAACGACCCGAUUCGAAUGGGCACCGCGCCGCCGCAGGGCCACGAUGGCGGCAUGUUUGCGCCCCGAACCCCGACACGACCGCAGUACGACCCGCUACCCACGGCCUCGCCGCCGCGGCAAAACUACGACGACGCCACCACCGCGUUCGUGUCGCCUGCACCCUUGACGCAGCAGGAGUACCACCAGAUUCCCAUGGCGUCGCCGACCUGGCAAGCCUACGACGGCGGUGUUCUCGCGCCCUUGCCCUCGACGCAGCAGCAGCAGCAGCAGCAGCAGCAGCAGCAGAGCUUCCAGCCGCACGCGGCCCCGCCGACGGCGCAGCACGGUGGUCACAGCCGGAACAUCAGCAGCGUCACCGCGUGGUCGGCCGGCGGCAUGUCGGAGAGCGAGGUCAGCAACAUCGGCUCCGGGGACGCGUGGGGCGCCAGGGGCGCCGCCAGUCCCGGCGAGGCCUUUGUGCCGCGCUACCAGGAUGACGUGAACGGUCAGCAGCAGAACCAUCAACCGGCGUUCAUCCCUAACCCGAGCUCACCUGCGGGCGCGUACGAGCGGUCACAUUGGCACAAUAUCCCGCGGACGUAGUAGCCGGAGGGAGUGCAGUGUUGUGCAGAAAGUCACCGGUUGCUAGCCGGUGCAGCAGCAGCGGCCUUGUUGCCACACGACUCGCCACUACGGGUAUCUCCUGCUCAAUACUGACAACAGGGUUGUUCCCUGUAGAAAUAGCAUCACUGGGGCAGUAAUAAGAACAUAUGUAAAAAUCACUGGCGCUGGUGGUAACAUUUUGAUACUCCUGUUUGUAGGCUCGGAUCUUUUGCGAGUGGUGAGUGACAACUGUUUCGGAAUUGGAG